AUGGCGUUUUUGACAAAAAGACUGCAAGUCGUUGAAAUUGAUGAAGAAAAUACGAAGCAUCUCCAUGAGGCAUAUGGAAAUGUUCUAAACGUGCCAACAGUUUGGCAAGAGCCGAAUUUGAUAAUUGGAUCCAAUUAUUAUUUCGAUUUAAUUAAAUUAGUAGCAAAACUGAAAUCUGGAUUUCGUCUCAUUGAUUCGACAGUGGGAAUCGUGAUUGCCGGUGGAGAUGAAAUAUAG